GAAUGAAAUAAAAGUACGCAUAAACAUUACACCAAAAAAAUGGAUAACGUCGAAGAGGCCACGCUAUCUUUGUCUAAGCGGCAACGUUUGAUUAUGCUUGCAGACGUCUCAGGAGAUGAGAUGGACGACGUUUCAAGUACAGCCAGCACAAAGGAGGAAGAGUCGUCCCGAAGCGACACACCGACGUUGACGGGGAGAGGCCGGGCUGCCAUGAAGCUGAAAAGACAGUUGAAGAAGUGCCGCCUUCAGUUUAAAUGCACCAAUUAUCUGAAGGAGGACCACGGCCAGCCAUUGUUUGGUAUUCAAAUCAAUCAAAGCAUGAAGGAGACUGAGCCAGUGCUGUUUGCCACUGUUGGACACAAUCGGGUCACAGUUUACGAGUGUCACGACGGAGGCAAAGUGAAGCUUCUACAGUCGUAUGCAGAUCCAUGUACGGAGGAAAACUUUUACUGCUGUGCCUGGAGCUUCGACGACACGACCGGUCAGCCCAUCCUGGCCGUCGGGGGAGUGCGGGGGAUCAUCCGCAUCAUCAGCCCGACCAUGGGUCAAUGCAUCAAGCAAUUUGUUGGCCAUGGUAAUGCUGUGAAUGAACUCAAGUUCAAGCCAAAAGAUAACAACAUUCUGCUGUCUGUUAGUAAAGGAUUUCAAUCUGAGCGGGACCAAGAUUGUGUCUUGUGGGAUGGACCACUCGUUGAAAAUCUGGAACCUGGAGAAAGAAGAAAUCAAGAAAGCCUUGGCAGAAUCUCAUGUGAAUAAUGCCGCUAAGACAGACUGCCCUUUUCCGACUGAGUCGUGCAACUUCCCAGACUUUUCCACACGCGACAUCCACCGCAACUACGUGGACUGCGUGCGCUGGCUGGGGAAUCUGGUUCUGUCCAAG